UUUUUUUUUUUUGUAAAUGAUUAGUAGCCUAUUCAAAAUCUGAAUACUGCAAGAAAAACCAUACUGUUAGGUAAUUUAUAGGAUUUAGGGGACCUAGCUUGAUUUUAAUUGUGUCUACCACAACAUCAUACGUUAUGGCGUGAUAUGACUACUUUUAAGCCUACUGCAAAAACACACAACCAUGUAACCAUCAAGAAUCACUCAAUCAGCAACAAGCCAUGUUUUCUAACAAUUUCCUAUUAUUCCAAUACAUGGACACUUCCCUUGAAAAUCUUCUAGGCCUCCCCAGGGGAGGGGGUACUCUCCAGGUUGAGAACUACAGGUCUCGAAGGGAGAUCCUAAACACCAAAAAGAGUUGCUCUGCAGAGGAAAUUAAACUGGACAUAAAUGGACAACGAUCACAAAAUCAUCAAAAAGAUAAAAUGUUGAACUCUCUACCAGAAGACCUUAAGAAGACAGAAGUACAAAAGUUUCCACGCCGCCUGAAGAGUUGGCUUCAGGACCGACCCUUCUACAGCCUAGCAGAGUUCUAUAACUGGAAACAACAUUUCAACUAGCACUAACUUGAAAUUAUUUUACCACUUUGAUAGAGCAUUUUAACACAAACUUUGACAUGUCCAUUUUUAACUCCAACUUGUUUCAUUUUGUAUCAUCAAUGUUAACUUUAGAUUUUUUCAUUCUAUUUCAUAUGUACAUUUUUCUCUGUAGAAGUUUCAUAUGCAGCCAGAUUGUAUUCAUUUAACACUGCUUUAUUUUUAAUGUUUAACAGUUUUAACAUUUGUGUCAAGUAAUAAUCACUGAUCAUGUAACAUUACAUGUUUUAUAAUAUGUUAAUUAAUGUUCUACACUGUAAUAGUUAGUAACUUUGUAUUUGACGCCAUUACUAAUCUUAACGAUUAUGUAAAUAAAGAAAUUUUGAAUCUUUGAA